CAUUCGGAUACUUGUAUGUACCAUCACGAGCAGACAGCACUUUCACAGUUCAUAGUGCUCAAAGCCUAUAGAAACUCGAACACGUGACAAGCUCCGUGCAUAGCCACAAGGAUCUGUUCCUCUCAUCCACACUCACCAUCCAUAUAACAUCGAAUCACUCGGUUGCAUCAUGAAUCCCACGGGCUAAACCAUCCCCGAAGCUUUGAAAGCUUUCAAGAGCUCAUUGCAACCCAAAAAUCUACUCUCUCUCGCACCCAUGGCCAGCCCCCCGCCCUCCCGUCUACUCUUCCUCUCAGAUCUCGCACUACUUGCACCAGGCGAAAAGGUAAGAUUCCUAGGCUGCGUCGAAGAAUACCAAGUCUCGACCGGCACGCUCGUGCUCCAGCACCACUACCCUUCAUCCUCAGCCAUCCCAACCGCGCGCGUGAACAUCGACCACGUGCUGGAGACGCUCAAGAGCACCGAGGUGCUGCAAGUGGGGGCGUGGGUUAAUGUUAUUGGGUACGUCACUGCUGGCGAAGGCGAACCACCAGCACGCUCGUCUCGGAAAGCUGGAGAUGCACCGCGGCAGAGCCAUGUCCAAGCGAUAGUGCUGUGGUCGGCCGGUUCGCUCAAUUUGGACGAGUAUGAGAAAGCUGUGGAGCAGAGGAAAGCGCUGGAGACGAAUUCAGCGCCGCUGGGAUGAGGCUGAUGUCGUGUCGGUCUCAAAGAAUGUUCGAGGUGGGAAGCGUUGCCGUGAACAAGUCUAGACCAAAAGAUUCCACCGUUAAGUCAUUUUCACUUCAGUAAGAGCUAGAACAAAGGCAGUCAAAAUAUCACAAAAGCAGAGAGCAAACAACGAUAAUCGUAAAUUGGAGUCGAUUGAUUCAUCAAAU